AUGUGGCCUUUCGGCUCUUCGGACAGCUCCAGCACACCGACACGGACGAAGUUAGAGGAAAACACGGAAGCACGUCCUUUAGACAAGUUGCCAGCUCCAGUCAAGCAAGAGCUGUCACGAGACGAACAAGCGAAUCUCGAUUUUGCCGAAUUGCUGAAGGAAAUCGAGAUUGAACAGUCGAAAGCACAAGAACAGAGGGUGCAAGCAAAGAAGAAUGGCAGCUCUGAUGCAACUCCUAUCCCAGCAGAUAUCUCUCCAGAUGCCCUCUACCCUUCCGAGAUGUCAUGUCGCUCAGCACUCGACUAUGCCAUGUUCUGCCAGGGGUUCGGUGGUCAAUUCGUGAACGUCUACAGGUUUGGUGAAUUCAGGUCCUGUCAAAACCACUGGUCGGACUUCUGGCUAUGUAUGCGGACAAGACAAUGGAACGAGCAGGACAGAGCGAAAGCUAUCCAAGACCACAACAGACUCAAGGCUGUCAAAUACAAGAGGGGCCCAAGUAGCGAGGACAUAUGGGAGGUCAGGACAGAACCGGUAAAGGAUGCAUUUCAAGAUAGCCUGGAAGAUCUCGAGGCAAAAAUCGCAGAGUGGAAGCAGGCAAAUCCCAAUGCGACUGAUCCUUGGGGUAAGCAGCAAGGAGCGACUUUCAACAACCCACCUCCAUCAGCGUGA